GGUGGAUGGAUGAACGGACGGACGAAUCGCAUGCCUUCAGUGGUAUGGAUACACACAUGUCACAAAGCACACUCGCACACGUGACGUACGGACAGACCGCCCUAGCCACACCAACACCACACACGACACGACGAGACGAGAGAAGGGAGGGUGUCUACUCGGCCAAUCACCACCACACGUGUCAGCCUCACCCACCCCUGCUCAUUCAGGUCAGGCUGGUCUGAACAGCUGUUCGACGUCAGCAGGUGUCUGUAUGGUCGCCAUGGUCGCCAGCGUGUCGUCCAGCUCCAGCAUCACCUGCCGUUGACACGUGUACGAGAUCGGACCUGCAAAGGGGAGUGGAGUAAGAUCAGCUCAGCCGAUGGCUGGUACGGUACAUGGAUGCAUCAUGUCCGUUCGGCCAACCCCACCCAGAUUUCGGCCAUUCUCGAAAGGGUCUUCGAUCCACAUACCACAACCUGCACACAUCACGUAUGAGUCCACACAGGAAACUAACAUGAAUGACACAAUCCAUCCAUCCGUCCUCCAUCCAACUGGUCUCACCUCUGUCCCAGUCGGCUUUUUCUCCCCAGUUUCCCAGCCCAUCGCGAUGCUCGGCAGCAGUAGGCACCACGGAGUCACCAGCCGGAUGGUAGGGCUCCCUCCUCUGCCGAGACGGCCGCUUGACAGAGAUGCCGCUGUUCCGUCGACAGUACUGGUAUUCGCACGAGUAGUAAUGCAUGAACUUGUAGAGCAGGGCCAGCAGCCCAUCCCCGAUGUCGCCCAUCAUCACCGCAUCCUCAUCCUGCAGCCCGAAGGCCCGCCUCCGCGCCUGCUCCUCGUCGGUGGACAUGAUCGCCCCGGGCUGGCACAGGAGGUCUUGUGUCUGCAUGAGGGCCAGCGAGCGAUCGGCCUCCUCGUGAAGCCGCUCUCUCAGCCCAGAUGCCGGCGUGAAGAUGGCCGAGUUGGGGCGCCUCUCGCUGGGUUGCCAGAAGAAGACGUCCAUCGGUGGCUCGUCCACGAACACCUUGGGGUAAGGCUUGAAACAGAUGUUUUCGGGCGGCGCCUGCAGGAUGGGGAGGAUGCCCUCGUGCUGCAUGAAGUGGAUGACGAGCAGCAGCCACGCGUAGGGAGACGGCAGGCCGUCCCGUGUGUCGGUGAGGGAGCGACUCUUGGCCCACGUCUUGACUAACACGCCAAGGCCGGCCACACGGUGGUCGAACUCCGCAUACGUCCUAAGGAAAGGAAAGGAAAGGAAAGGAAAGGAAAGGCAAGGCACACACGGCAUCACAAUUGACACGCUGCCUGUAUGUUUUUGUUUGUGCAGCCCCACAUUAUCUCCCUCACCUCAGCAUCCGACUGUUGUGCACAACGCAUUCUUUUCCAAACGAGAUGUCCAUGUGUGUGUGCGUCCCCAGACCCCACUGGCACCGCAGAAUCGGCACCCUCGCCCCGCUCACAGCCUCGGUGUUGAAGCCCGUCCUCUCCAUCGGCCCCCGCAGCCUGUCGAUGGCCUCCAGUACACGAGUACGGAAGGAGGCCCGGCCGCCCAGACCCACAUCAUCCAGGGGCAGCACCAGAUCCAGGUCAGACGAGCGAGUGGCGAAGCCUGCAUAUGAACAUGCACAUCAACAUCAAAGGGGUGUUUUUGGCCCAGAUGGCUGCCUUGCAUUGCAUGUGUGUAAUUUUGCACUGCCAGUGUGUACCGCACCUACCGCUCACAGCAGAUCCAUAGAGGAGCGGGGGGUAGCCGAAGGUCGCCUCGCACGCCUCACGAGCUGCCGCAGCACAUAAUAUCACCGACACACUCACACGUAUGUAUAUUGAUGGUGUUCUCGACGUGUGGAUCUGCCCGCCCACCUUUGCCAUAGGCCGCCAUGUGUCUGUUCAUGUCGUCCUCAGUCGGCUUGUUGCGCCUCACAACCUUCCACAGCUGCGCCUCACACGCAUCACGCGCAUCAGAUCUCGCCAUUCUCACAACCAAUAUCUGUGUGCAGCAUCAAUUUCUCUCCCGAGGUGCACUGGAGACCCGACGCGUCGCCCAGCCCCUCUGCGCCAUUCCAG